UUUAUCACGCAACAUAUACGCAAAAUUGGAAAUAUUUGGGUGAUUGCAUUGCUUUAAAAAUAGCCCAUUCAAUUAGUAGAAAUCAACGGGAUGAGGAAAUUGCAAAGGAAGCACUUUUAAGGGAGGAAAAAAUGUUGGAACUUAUUUGGCAAAGCCAACCAUUACCAGAAAGAUUAAUUAAAUAUUAUGGAAUGGUUGAAUAUUAUGUUAAUAAUUUACCACAAAAAGCAUUAAAGUUAGAACUUGGACAUACAACUUUAAAAUGUUUUUGGAAAGAUCUUAUGACAAAUUCUAAUGAAUAUAACGAGACAUUGUUUUUAGAAAUAAUGAAACAAAUUCUCGAAGGAUUUGUAGAAUUUCAUAAUACAGGUUAUAUCCUUAUGGAUUUCAAUGCAAACAAUAUUUUAAUUAUGGAAGAAUCUUCAUCUAAUACAAUUUUAAAUUUAAAAUUAAUAGAUUUUGCAGAAUCUGUUAAAGAAAAUAACGAAAUAAAUCCACAACCUAUUGAAAUUCCAACCGUUUCAUUACAUAUUGGACCUGAAAUAUACGAUUCAAGAAUAUAUGAUUUUUAUGUAUGUUGCAAUUAUGUGAUUAAUUUACAAAUUGUUUUAAAUUAA